GGCCGCGGCGUCAGGCCGUCCAAUCAGACACUACAGAUUUGGAGCCUUAAUUUGAAUAUAAAGAUGGCAAAUAGCCCUGCCGCCCCGCAUCCGCGUUCGUCUAGGCCCUCUGGUUACCUCGCCAUGCCGGAGCCAUCGCGGGCGGCUCCGGCUUCUAAAAAGGGCUCCAAGAAGGUCAUUACCAAAGCGCAGAAGAAGGACGGCAAGAAGCGCAAGCGCGGCCGCAAGGAGAGCUAUUCUAUCUACGUGUACAAGGUGCUGAAGCAGGUGCACCCCGACACCGGCAUCUCGUCCAAGGCCAUGGGCAUCAUGAACUCCUUCGUCAAUGACAUCUUCGAGCGCAUCGCCAGCGAGGCCUCCCGCCUGGCGCACUACAACAAGCGCUCCACCAUCACGUCCCGCGAAGUGCAGACGGCCGUGCGCCUGCUGCUGCCCGGCGAGCUGGCCAAGCACGCCGUGUCCGAGGGCACCAAGGCUGUCACCAAGUACACCAGCUCCAAGUGAGGCGCGUCCCGGCGCCCCGAACCCAAAGGCUCUUUUCAGAGCCACCUCCAAGCUCAAAAAGGAGCGUGCCACCUGGUCUGGUUGUGACCUGUGAUUCAA